AGCCCAAUUCGGUGUCCAUAGAUACAAAAAGCCUAAUUCACUUAAUCUUCCUCUCUCCCCGUCUCUCAUAUUUCAUGCCCAUCGUAUAAGUUCGCAUAAUACACUGUCCCUACAGUUCGGCAACCUCAAGUUGCAAAAACCACAAAAACCUUGUUUGCUGUUUUCUCUCUCGAAUGGGGGCUGGGCGUGAAGUCCAAAUCUCGCUGGACGGAGUGAGGGACAAGAACUUGAUGCAGCUGAAGAAGCUUAACACUGCUCUCUUCCCCGUUCGCUACAACGACAAAUACUACGCCGAUGCCCUUGCUUCAGGCGAAUUCACCAAGCUAGCAUACUACAGUGAUAUUUGUGUUGGUUCAAUUGCAUGCCGGCUUGAGAAGAAGGAUGGUGGUGCUAUCCGUGUCUACAUUAUGACAUUGGGUGUUUUAGCACCAUAUCGUGGACUUGGAAUCGGUACCAGGCUGUUGAACCACGUGCUUGAUCUCUGUGCCAAGCAGAACAUUUCUGAGAUCUAUUUGCAUGUGCAGACAAAUAACGAAGAUGCCAUAAACUUCUACAAGAAAUUUGGGUUUGAAAUCACGGAAACUAUCCAGAAUUAUUAUACUAACAUUACCCCUCCAGACUGCUAUGUUCUUACCAAGCAUAUAACACAAACCCAAACGAAGAAAUGACAUGGCAAGUCUGGUUCUCAGAGUGGGGACUCCCUAUUGUUCGUAUUGUUUAGCUUUAUACUGCCUCUCAGUCAUACUGCAUUACAAGUAGAGUAUGUCGAGGUUCUAAACAUGCUACAUUGCAUUUUUGGUAGGCUGAGUUAUUUGAUGCUUAAUCUGAUUCUUAAUGGUCAGAUUAGUCUUACAAACGCUUAAAAUUUUUCCAUUCUCUUGGAUUAUCAGAUGACGGUCUUCUGUAUUUUUAUUAAGCAAGCAAGCGUUGUGAAAUAUGGUGAGAGGAGUUGGGGAUUGCCUUGAUAGAUUCUUGUUUGGAUAAAUGACAUCUGUUUUUUGUUUUUUUCCUUUGCUUAAAAUUUGGUUAACGAUUAUAAACGUUUGCCUAUUCACUUUC